AUGCCCCGCGGCCCGGCCGCCGCCGCCGCCCCGCUGCUGCUGCUGCUGGCGCUGCUGCUGGCCGCGGCCCCGCCGCACGGCGGCUCCGAGAGCCCCCGGGGCAAGCAGAAGGCGCUCCGCCAGCGGGAGGUGGUGGACGUGUAUAAUGGCAUGUGCUUGCAAGGCCCCAGCGGCGUUCCCGGCCGGGAUGGAAACCCGGGAGCCAACGGGAUCCCUGGGACACCCGGGAUCCCGGGAAGGGACGGGCUGAAGGGGGAGAAGGGCGAGUGCAUGCGGGAGAGCAUCGAGGAGUCCUGGACGCCCAACUUCAAGCAGUGCUCGUGGAGCGCGCUGAACUACGGCAUCGACCUGGGCAAGAUCGCGGAAUGCACGUUCACCAAGAUGCGCUCCAACAGCGCCCUGCGCGUGCUCUUCAGCGGCUCGCUGCGGCUCAAGUGCAGGAGCGCCUGCUGCCAGCGCUGGUACUUCACCUUCAACGGGGCAGAGUGUGCUGGCCCACUGCCCAUCGAGGCCAUAAUAUACUUGGAUCAAGGAAGCCCAGAGCUGAACUCUACCAUUAACAUACACAGAACUUCCUCAGUGGAAGGUCUGUGUGAAGGGAUCAACGCUGGCUUGGUGGAUAUUGCCAUCUGGGUGGGGACGUGCUCAGAUUAUCCACGGGGAGAUGCUUCUACUGGAUGGAAUUCAGUCUCCCGAAUCAUCAUUGAAGAACUGCCCAAAUAACUUCCCUCUCUUUUUAUAAUACCUUUUUUUUUUUUUUUUAAUUUUGUACUAUUUUUUUCAGAAUUUAUUUCAAUAGAGUUGGACACAAGUACUGGACUGAAAGGCACCAAAGCCUUGCACAUCUGUAGCCUUUGUCUUGUUUUGUACACAGCAGAGGCUUUUUAUAAUAAUAAUUUUAGAAUACAAAUAUCAAAACCAAGUUCAUUAACAUUUUAAAUUUCUUUUUUGAUGUAAUACCACCACUGUUUUUAGAAUUAACCAUAACUUUUUGUAUCAAAUAAAUAAGACCUUUUACAAAAAAGAAAUCCGGGUUAUUUUAUUGAACAUUAAUGUGUUUAAAGUAUUUUAUAUGGUGUUGUGAUACACGAUUUUUUUAGAAGGCUUUAUAGAUAAAGUUCAAAGAAAGUAAAAUCAGGUGUUGGCUUUAGCCUUCAGAAAACACACAUAAAAUGCACUCCUGUAAACCUGACUGCAGAAUAGGAUGCUCUGCUGUUACAGUCUUAUCUCAAUGAACUCCUGGUGACUUAACUGUGACCCAGACAAUGUGGUAAGUGUUAAAUACCUCAUAUUAUGAAUAACUGAGCAAAACCAGACUACCUAAGCUCUUCUUCCCUCUCUUGCUUCUUGAUAGACUGGAUUUCAGUGUAAUAUCUAUGACUGGUCUCCAUUACUAAGAUGCAGACACGAAAUAAUUUUACAGUUACGACACUUAAUUUCAUUGCUGCAAUAAAAUAAUUCUCCUGGAUUUAGCCUUUCAGUUAUACAGAAUCACUUUGGUGUUAGUUAAAAACUAGAUGUAUUAAACUGUUUAGAAGAUACAGACAUAAGACAGGUUGAAAUGCAUAGGCUUUCCAAAAUUGAACUGAUAAAGUGAAACAAUGAUGUCACAGCUGUUUGACAAGUGACAACACCAAUCACGCUAACACAGAACAUAAGCUUCAGUGUUUUUAGUAUUUUCUUCCAAAUGCUGCAAGUGGCAUAUUCAAACAUUUUUUAAAUUUGUACACAUUCUAAAGAGAAACAACAAUUAUGUUUGUAUUACAAAACCAAUUUUACAUUAACAAAAUAAAAAAACUCAUGAAAAGCAUGUACAACAUGCAAAAAUCUCCACUCUUCCCAGAAAUUAAAAGGAAAAAAACCCAUUAAGUCUGAGAUAAUGAAUUUAUUUCAGCUAUUUAGAAUUAAAUCUCAUUUUCUUUUCUGAACAAGCUGUACGAUUUGCCCCAGGAUGGGCAGCCCUUGCCUGUAGCUGUUGUUGCAGAUACCAGGGGAGGACACCUGCAGCGAGGGGAGCACUUGGGCUUGCUCAGCUGCAAGAUGGUGUGUGAGAUUUGCUGCAAGCCAGCAAGUUACACAGCUGGUAUUUUGUCUCUGAAGAACUGCAAUGUUUUCACUGGCUUGGAGGAUGGUUUUAAGGUACCUGAACACAAACAAGUUACUAUGAGCUGAGCUGUGGUGUGAACUUACAGAACGUCCGCUAACACACAGUGAGUGAUUGUGCACAUGCUCACAGCCUGCCCCUGCAUUUAUCCUGAAGCUGUUCUGGCCCAGAGCACAUUAAUUCAGGCUUGGAUUAUGUGCACAGCUUUUUCUCUUUUAUCAUGUUUUCAUAUGUCUUCACAAUAUAUUCUGGAUCCUGGGUGGUAGUUAAUUCAGUGUUCCAUUAAAUUUGUUCUGUGUACCACAAAAGACACAAAGCCCAGUAAGCACCCUCCAAAGGCAGAAGCUGCUGUUUUGCAUCUACAUUAUUUACAUGGUAAACUUCCAGUAAAUUUAUCUUCAGCUAAAUAUACACAGAACCUUCCGUAAUAAAAACCAAAGCCAGCCAUGCUGGCCCCAGCCAGAUGAAAUUAUUCUUUCCAAUGAGAUUAUUCUUUCCAAUGAGAUGAUCAACUCUAUCAGUAGAGGGGAUGGGAUUGUGGAAGAGAAAGUGUAAAUUAUGAAUAAAUUUAGUUAUAUACAAAAUAUGGUAUUUGGCAACAGUAUCUACAAAAACAAGCGAGUGGACUACUGAAUGAAGAUUCAAAAUACUCAGUAGUUUCUGUAGCUUUCCAGAUUUUAACUUAAAAUUUAAAACCAAGUUCCUAAUCUGUGAAAUUUUUAUUAAAAAUUGUUCUUUCUGCUUUAGGUUAGUCUGGUAAACAGGAAACUUCUCAAAGUGAUUACUCUGCUCCCUAUGAAACUGAUGAUUUUCCCCGUUGAUAGCCUUUGCUAACUUGUUUCCUAGUUAAAUGAUACUUACUAGAUACUUAAUAUCUUCUUACCAACAGCAGGAGGCAGAUGUUAAGGUCAGUAAUGUCUUUCUUAAAUAAAUAAACUACCCAAAACCACCAAACACAGAACUCUAAAAAGUACAUAUCCUUGAUGGCAAUUAUUGGUGUGGAAAAAAAACCCUAACUAUUAUGCAGCUUAACUGAUAUGUACUAUAAUUUAUCAGUAAAUUAGCAAUCAAUAUAUCAACAAUCUUUUCCUUAAACCAAAUCAGAAGACAUUAACAGAUUGUUCUGUUUUUUU